ACAACUGGGCAAAGGGCCACUACACAGAAGGAGCCGAGCUGGUGGACUCUGUCAUGGAUGUGGUGAGGAAGGAGUCGGAAAGCUGCGAUUGCCUGCAGGGCUUCCAGUUGACUCACUCGCUGGGUGGUGGCACGGGCUCUGGGAUGGGCACCCUCCUCAUCAGCAAGAUCAGGGAGGAGUACCCGGACCGCAUCAUGAACACCUUCAGUGUCAUGCCCUCGCCCAAGGUGUCUGACACAGUGGUGGAGCCCUACAAUGCCACCCUGUCUGUCCACCAGUUGGUGGAGAACACGGAUGAAACCUACUGCAUUGACAAUGAGGCCCUGUAUGACAUUUGCUUCCGCACGCUGAAACUCACGACCCCCACCUACGGGGACCUCAACCACUUGGUGUCGGCCACCAUGAGCGGCGUGACGACCUGCCUGCGGUUCCCCGGCCAGCUGAAUGCUGACCUGCGCAAGCUGGCUGUCAACAUGGUACCUUUCCCCCGCCUGCACUUCUUCAUGCCCGGGUUUGCCCCGCUGACGAGCCGUGGCAGCCAGCAGUACCGUGCCCUGACGGUGCCGGAGCUGACGCAGCAGAUGUUCGAUUCUAAGAACAUGAUGGCGGCCUGCGACCCACGCCACGGCCGCUACCUGACGGUGGCCGCCAUCUUCCGGGGCCGCAUGUCCAUGAAG